GGAAGCCAAUUCACAUCGAUCCCCAGCCAACCAAGUACCGAAACCAAGCAAGUGCCGGCCAGGAAGCCAUUGUUGCCAUCGACCGAUCUUGAUCAGCUCGAAGCACACGGAGGGUAAGAAGAAGUCAUCUGCAGAAGAGAUGGGCUCGAUGGGACCUGCCGCCGGGAAGCCGCACGCGGUGUGCCUGCCGUACCCGGCGCAGGGGCACAUCACCCCGAUGCUCAACGUGGCCAAGCUGCUCCACGCCCGGGGCUUCGACGUCACCUUCGUCAACACCGAGUACAACCACGCGCGCCUCGUCCGCUCCCGCGGCGCUGCCGUCGUGGCCGGCCUCCCGGGCUUCCGCUUCGCCACCAUCCCCGACGGCCUGCCGCCGUCCGACGACAACGACGUCACCCAGGACAUCCCCGCGCUCUGCAAGUCCACCACGGAGACCUGCCUGAGGCCGUUCCGCGGCCUUCUCGCCCGGCUCAACGACCCCGCCACCGGCCACCCGCCCGUCACCUGCGUCGUCUCGGACGUGGUCAUGGGCUUCUCCAUGGAGGCCGCCAACGAGCUCGGCCUCCCCUACGUCCAGCUCUGGACCGCCAGCGCCAUCAGCUACCUCGGGUACCGCCACUAUCGCCUCCUCAUCGGCCGUGGCCUCGCCCCACUCGAAGACGCCGAGCAGCUGACGAACGGAUACCUUGACACGCCGGUGGACGAUGUGCCGGGGUUGCGGAGCAUGAGGCUCAGGGACUUCCCGUCCUUCAUACGCACCACGGACCCGGACGAGUACAUGGUGCACUACGUCCUCAGGGAGACGGAGCGCACGGCCGGCGCGUCGGCCGUCAUCCUCAACAGCUUCGGCGACUUGGAGGGCGAGGCGGUGGAGGCCAUGGAGGCGCUCGGCCUGCCCAAGGUCUACACGCUCGGCCCGCUCCCGCUGCUGGCGCACGAGGAGAUGCCCACGCCGCGAUCGGCCAUCAACCUCAGCCUCUGGAAGGAGCAGAACGAGUGCCUUGAGUGGCUGGACGGCAAGGAGCCCGGCUCCGUCGUGUACGUCAACUUCGGCAGCAUCACUGUCAUGACCAAUGCGCAGAUGGUGGAGUUUGCGUGGGGGCUCGCGCAGAGCGGGAAGCAGUUCAUGUGGAUCGUCCGCCGAGACCUGGUAAAGGGCGACGCCGCGGUGCUCCCCGAGGAGUUCCUGGCCGAGACGGCGGGGCGCGGGCUCAUGGCGUCCUGGUGCCCGCAGCAGCAGGUGCUGGACCACCCCGCCGUGGGCGCCUUCCUGACCCACAGCGGCUGGAACUCGGCGCUGGAGAGCUUGUGCGGCGGCGUGCCGGUGAUCAGCUGGCCGUUCUUUGCCGACCAGCAGACCAACUGCAGGUAUCAGUGCAAUGAGUGGGGCGUCGGCAUGGAGAUCGAUAGCAACGUCCGGCGUGACGCCGUCGCCGGACUUAUCAGGGAGAUCAUGGAAGGGGAGAAGGGCAAGAGCAUGAGGAAGAGAGCAAAGAACUGGAAGGAGAGCGCGGUCAACGCGGCCAUGCCCGGCGGUUCGUCUCACCAAAACUUCGACAAGCUGGUCCGCGACGUGCUCCUGCCCAAAAACUAGCUCUACAUUGAUCUUCACUGUAAUUAGAGAACACUACUACUGUAUCUUAUUUGCUUGUUAAGAAAAUUCGUUCCUUUGGACAGUGAUGGUGGCCCUGAGCGGAGUAACAAGAAUGCUAAACAUACGGGAAGCUUUUUAUGGA